CAGUUCUGCAGUAAAAGUGAACACAGAGAGUCUGCUUAAGAGAAGGGGGACUCAUGUGGAAACUGGACUUGUUCGUCAUUUCUCUCUCGCCCCUUAUCCUGAGUUAAAGCUAUGAGUCUUUGGAACAAAAAGUAGGAUAAGUGUGUGGGUUUCAUUCUCAAGCCUGGGAUGGUACAUUUUUCUGCUUUGAAGAAUCUUUGGCAGGAUCGGAACCUCAUGAACGGGUUUAACAAAAGGAUUUCCAGGUGGUUUGAAUCCCCUCGGUUGUCCACCGCCUCAUCAAUGAGCAGCAAUGAGAGAAUGUCCACAGUCACAGUCUCGGACUGCUCAGCCUCGGUCAGUGCAGACUUCUCAGACACUGACCGGCCAGUGAGCGUGGUGUCCACUCUCUCUUCAGGGUCCUCUCGGGACGGGCAUAGCCUGUACGGCAGCACGGCCGCCUUGACCGCUACCACCUCAACUACCUGCCAGUCAGAACCCCAGCACCAAGACGAAGCGGACAUUGACUUGGAACUGAGCCCCUCGGCAGCAGACAUGGGCACCGAGGUGUCAGACAAGGUGGAGGUCAGCCUUCAAGCGAGUCGCUCACGCAACAACAGCAACAACACAGCGAACAGGGCUGGCAUGGAUGGCUCACGACAGCCGCCGCUCUCGCCCUUCGCCGCCAAAGCCAUGGCCCCCAAUCCCAAACUCAGCUACGUGGACCGUGUCGUCAUGGAGAUCAUUGAGACAGAGCGCAUGUAUGUGCGAGACCUGCGCAGCAUUGUGGAGGAUUACCUGGCCCAUAUCAUUGAUACUCCAGAGCUGUCUAUCCAACCUGAACAAGUCUGUGCUCUCUUUGGAAACAUUGAGGAUAUCUACGGGUUUAACAGUGAACUUUUGCAAGCUCUGGACAUGUGUGAAAACGACCCUGUGGCUGUUGCACAAUGCUUUGUAGAGAAGAGUGAUUAUUUUGAUAUCUACACUCAGUACUGCACCAACUACCCCAACUCUGUUGCUGCCUUGACAGACUGCAUGAGGGACAAGUUUCUGGCCAGGUUUUUUCGAGAGAGACAGGCAUCGCUGAAGCGCACCCUCCCACUUGGAUCCUAUCUGCUCAAACCCGUCCAGAGGAUCCUAAAAUACCACUUGCUGCUCCAGGAAAUUGCCAAGCAUUUUGACCCACAGGAGCUUGGCUAUGAAGUGGUGGAGGAGGCGAUUGACACCAUGACCGGGGUAGCCUGGUAUAUCAACGACAUGAAGAGGAAGCACGAGCAUGCUGUGAGGCUGCAGGAGGUCCAGUCGCUGCUGCUCAACUGGAAGGGCCCUGACCUGACCACAUAUGGAGAGCUUGUUCUCGAGGGAACCUUCCGGCUCCAACGCGCCAAGAACGAGCGCACCCUGUUCCUCUUCGACAAGAUGCUGCUCAUCACCAAGAAACGAGGGGAGCACUACGUCUACAAAACCUUCAUCACGUGUUCCACCUUGAUGUUGAUAGAAAGCACAAGAGACUCACUGAGUUUCAGCGUCACACACUACAAACACCCCAAACAGCCUCACACCGUCCAGGCCAGAACAGUUGAAGAGAAGAGACUGUGGGCCCAUCAUAUCAAGAGACUCAUUCUGGAAAACCAUCAUGCCAUCAUUCCACAGAAGGCCAAGGAAGCCAUCUUGGAAAUGGACUCCAUCUACCCAUACAAAUACAAGUACAGCCCGGAGAGGCUUAAGAAAAGCCUGUCGGACCAUGCGGCCGAUGACUUCACAGGCGGGGGGAGACAGGGCCGACGGCUGUCUGAACCAGCUAAACAGAUUAUGAAGAACACCAAAGCAAUUCUCAAGCACGCAGACAGUGAAGGGGCGCUUCAGGCCGACAAUGGCUCCCUACAGGCCGGAGCCAGUGUCGGAACCCUGGCUUCAAGCCUAGGCGAGCCUGAGGCUGAAAGGCCUAGUAUGGAGGAGGAUGAGGAGGAGGCAGACUAUGAAGAGCUUGGCCUCAGUAAGGAAUCCCUUGAGCGGCUCAACCCUAGUGACAGUGAGGCUCCUAGUCAAGGGGCCGAGCUCCCAGCUUUCAGAACUGAGGAGGGAGAGGAUGAGGAAGAUGAGAUACUGAUGGGGGACGACCAGGUAGCAGACUUUGCCAGCUCAAUGUUGGCGGCCAUCUCCUGCUGGCACUAUAGGGCCAGGGCUUUGCUUUCCGCUCGGUUCACAACGAAUGGAGAAGGGCAUGAACUUAUUGAAGAAAAUGGAUUCCAGAGACAGAAUAGCCAGUCAUCUGGGAAUGAGGAGCAGCACAGGCGUGUGGAAGGUGGUUAUUUAAUAGAACAGACUGCAGGAGAGAUGGAGCAGAUACUCAGUGAAGAGACUCAUUCUGAGAGUGAAGACAGGCAUUCAGAAGAGCAUCCUUCAGAUUCUGAGUCUGUAAGCAUCACUGGACAGCCCCCUGAUGCUCCUGAAGCCACUGAGCAUCCAGAACCCGAGGAUGACCAAACAGAGGAAAGGCAGGAAACAGCCCUGGAGCCUUUCUCGGCUGACACAGCAGAAGAACCAAAGACACUGAGCAGCGGAGAGUCUUCCGAAGAGGAAGAGGAGGAAGAACCAACGAUAGAAUGUGAGCCUCCGGGCAUCCUCCCAACGUCUGUGCUGGAUCAGGCCAGUGUGAUUGCAGAGCGGUUCCUGAACAGUCUCUCCAGACGGGGCAGUUUGAUAAUGGAGGACGGCAGGUCCCUAAGCUGCCCUUCUCCAAGACUGACCAGCAGAAGCAGCAGUGUCCUGAGCCUAGACGCUACAGAAAACACCCAAAAACACUCCAGCACGUCAUCAGAACCUCCAGGGAUUUUCACCUCUCGAGAAGCCACAGCUCUUCAAGCCAACAGUACUCAGGAGUCCACCUCAGUAUUGUCUCCAAACUCAGAUAAUCUUUUCGAGCAGGAAAGAACACCUUACAGACGAAGGGACUCUACUUUAUCCAAGCAGGACAGGCUCCUCAUUGACAAGAUUAAGAGUUAUUACGAUCACGCAGAACACCAGGAUUUCAGCUUUAGCAUCAAAAGGAGGGAAAGCUUGACCUAUAUCCCACCGGGACUCGUUAGGAACUCUGUGUGCAGGUUCAACAACAUUCCCAAGGAUGAAGUUGCCCCUGAGGUAGUUGUGAGAAAGAGAAUUGGUGGCUCUACUUGUACGGUUAACAGCAGACCAGCUUCAUGGACCGUGUUUGAUCUUCCAGUUAUGGCUAAGAACAGUGGGCCUGAGCCCAUAGCUCCAAAACUUGAGGAAUCCAGUAGCCUUCAACAUAGUGAGACCGGGUCAUUGAGUGCUGAAAAUCAUUUCCAGAAUCCUAUAACGGAUGAAGAAUUUAAGCCAUCAACAGAGAUGAUUAAAAUGUGGCAGCAGAUGGAAAAGGAAGUCAAUAGCACUCGCAUGGAGCACUCACGGAAGGAGAUUCCAGAGGAAGUGCAUCCCUCAGGGAGACCAAGCCCACACCUAUCAAGAAAGGGGCAGGUUAGUAAUAACACCAUUGCUCCAAAGUACAACGAACCCCUCAUGAUACUCGAAGACGGCGAUCUGAGCACCAUCACAGAGGAGUCUUCGAACUCAUCACCAGACAAAGGCUCCUCAACGACAAUGCUGUUUGGGAGGAAGCCUAGCUGCCAUGGAAGUGUGGGAAACAAUGAGAGCAGUGGUGUGAGGACCUCGAGGGUGCCCACCCCGAGGAUCAUCCAUAUGGGUUCUUGUUUUGACGACCAGAUGCAGGAUGUGGAACAGGUCAAGAAUAAGGUGUUCCAGCUUGCCCGGCAUUUCAGUCAGAGAACAAAGACCACCAAGCCUGUGAUCAAGCAGAGAGGAAUGGAUGGUGAAAGACAGCUGAAGAAAAGGAACCUGUCCUCUGUGCAGGAAGAGAAGACGGAGAAAGAAAAUAAAGGGAAACCAAACCUGACCCUGUCCCUUCCUGUGUACGACAAAGUCAUUCUCCAAGAGCUAAGCUCAUCACCACAGCACAAGUCUCCAGCACAGCAGUGCCCAAGUCCUGUCCACACUCCUAGCUCCUCUGUGAGUCCCAGAGUUCUGUCCCCAAGCAGACCCUGCACCAAGAGCCCUCUCAGUCCUGUUCAGUCAGAGAGCUUUCACUGGCCUGACGUCCAGGAGCUGAGGUCCAAAUAUGCCAAGAAAGAAACUAAAAGUGGGCAGUCCAAGCUUCUUUCAGUAGCCAGGAGCUGUUCUGUUCCUGAAAAGAUGCUGGAAUUCCCAGAAGGGAGAAGCUCAAAUUUUAACUCCACAAUUAACAUUCAGUUUGGCGUCCGUGGCAGAACAGCUUCCACCAGUGCAGCCGAGCACCGGACCUCCAAGGCUCUUCAGCUGGACAAGACAGAGGGCUUUAGUCACCCCCAUGCCCAGAUCUGCAGGACUGGUUCCUUAGAUCAAAGGAUAAGCGGACAUCAUUUGGAUGACUUUAAGAACCUCAGAAAUGAAGACAACUUAAAAAAUAUGUUUUAUGUUUCUGGGGAGACCACUUUGCCCAGUGAGCAAAAGGUCAUAGUUAUGGAGAAGGUACCGGAGAAGAACAUUGAUGCUGAUAUUGUAGAGACAGGGGAGGACCUCGAGGACAACGAUGACAGCUUUGUGCGAAUCCGAUCUCCAACCACUAAGGAGAAGAUCUCCAUCAGGGCGGUCAUUGAGAGGUGCAAGGCCUACCAGGAGUCUGAAGAGUACCGGCAAAGAGAGGACAGUGGCAAGCCCGACCAGGGAACGAUGAAAGGAAAGGCUAAAGAACAAGACAGGACAGCCUUCUCAAAUGACCAGAACAUUGAGUACAGAAGAGGUUCUGUACCAGUAGCAAAAAAGAUUGACAUUAACCAACAAAGCUUGGUGAAAAACUUAAGAGAAAAAUUUCAAAAUUUAAGCUCAAAUACCUAGACAUUAUUAUUAUUAUUAUUAUUAUUAUUAUUAUUAUUAUUAUUAUUAUUAUUAUUAUUAUUAUUAUUAGUCUUGUACAUUUUUUAAAGCACUGAAAUCAAUACUUACAAUGCCAAUACAUUGAUUUCUUGUCCAUAAAUCUUUAUAGUGGCAUGUAAGACAGGCGUUUAAACAUUAGGAAAUUAUUUUAAUUGCAGCUCCAGGUUUUUGUUUGUGUUGUAAAUGUAUCAUAAUGAUGAUGAUGAUGAUGAUAUAUAUUUUUUUAAUACAUUUUGUAGUAUAUUGAAGUGAAGAAAAGGUGAAUCCCUGUUCACCAUAAGCAAAGCAGAUUAAGUAAAUUCUAUAUUAAAAUGCCACUUCACAGAUUUUUUACAUUGAACUGCCAUGGUGUGUUGAACCAGUGGUGCUUCCCGUUGUGUUCAAGUAGUUUUCUGCUGAACAGUGAAAAGGGCUCGCUUAAUCUAAUUCACAUGUCUUUACUUGAUUAGCAUCGACGGCUGUGCUCAUCUGCUCUCAUGUUCUAUGAAGCAGAAAUUGUUGCUGCUUUAACGGCUGCAGGAUUUAAAAAAUACAGACCCUGCAAAGAAUCAUUUUCUUGUAUUUUUAUUUUAAAUGCAUGCGAGGCCAUCAGUAUAAGGGACUUCCACUUUAAACAAAGUAUUAACU